AAACCUUCCACUACCAUUCCAAUUCUUUCUCUACCUCUUCCCUCCACAAGCCCCAACUUGCAUUCUCAGCUACUGCAGACUCUCUAUAUCUCUCUUACCCUUUUAAGGUGUUCAUGUCACAAGACUCUGUGCCAAGUGGAACAUCUCUUGAAAACAAAAUGGCGAGGCUCGGUCUGGGUAGCUCCACUGAUGAAGAUGCAGAACUCAUGUCCGAAUCCACACCACUCUAUGCCACUUACAAUGACCGGAUUCGGCCUCUGCUUGACACCGUCGACAAAUUACGUCAAUUAAAGGUCAUGAAAGAAGGCAUUGAGCUCCCUACCAUCGUCGUCGUUGGUGAUCAAUCCUCUGGGAAAUCCAGUGUUCUUGAGUCCCUUGCCGGCAUUAGUCUCCCUCGCGGUAUUGGCAUCUGCACUCGUGUUCCCCUCGUAAUGAGGCUUCAACAACAUUCAUCACCAGACCCAGAACUUCACUUGGAGUAUAACAACAAAGAAGUCCCCACAGAUGAAGCCCAUGUUGCCCAAGCCAUUGAAGAAGCUACUAAAGAGAUUGCAGGUGAUUCUAAGGGAAUCUCCCAUACCCCUAUCACUCUUGUUGUGAAGAAGAAAAGUGUCCCUGAUUUGACAAUGGUUGAUUUGCCUGGGAUCACUAGAGUUCCUGUUCGUGGUCAGCCUGAAGACAUCUAUGAGCAGAUUUCAAACAUAAUUAUGGAGUAUAUAACUCCAAAAGAAAGCAUAAUUCUCAAUGUCUUAUCUGCUACUGUGGAUUUCCCGACCUGCGAAUCGAUUAGAAUGUCUCAACGCGUUGACAGGACCGGCGAGAGGACAUUGGCUGUGGUCACCAAGGCUGAUCAAGCUCCUCAAGGUCUGCUUGAGAAGGUAACUGCAGAUGAUGUCAACAUUGGGCUUGGUUAUGUCUGUGUAAAGAAUCGAAUUGGAGAAGAAUCAUAUGAGGAAGCAAGAAAGGAGGAGAUGAAAUUGUUUGAAUCACAUCCCCUGCUUUCAAAGAUUGAUAAAUCUAUUGUGGGCAUUCCUAUUUUGGCUCAGAAGCUUGUGCAGAUCCAAGCAAGUAGUCUGGCGAAAUGCUUGCCAGACAUAGUGAGGAAAAUCAAUGACAAGCUCAGUUUCAAUGUUUCUGAGCUGAACAGAUUGCCCAAGCAUCUAUCCAAUGUGGCAGAUGCAAUGACUGCUUUUAUGCAGAUUAUUGGGUCUUCUAAAGAAUCUCUCAAAAAAAUACUCAUCAGAGGAGAGUUUGAUGAGUACCCAGAUGAGAAGGACAUGCAUUGCACAGCUCGAAUGGCUGAUUUUCUCAAUGGGUGCUCACAAGAACUUGAUCGAAGUUCGAGGGACUCUGCAAAGAAAUUCUUAAUGGAGGAAAUUAAGGUUUUAGAGGAAGCAAAAGGGAUUGAACUUCCCAAUUUCCUCCCUCGCACGGCCUUCCUCGGCAUAUUACAGAGCAGAGUCAAGCAGAUAUCAAAUACUCCAGUUGAAUUCGUUGAAAAGGUCUGGAAUUACAUCGAAAAUGUGGUUGUUCGUGUCUUGACAUUCCACUCUGAGAGCUACCCACAACUUCAAUCUUGUACCAGAAGGGCUGCACAGAAUUUGAUUUCAAAGAUGAAGAACCAAUCUGUUGAUAGAGUGACGGAGAUAACAGAGAUGGAGAAGCUCACAGAUUAUACAUGUAACCCAGAUUACAUGUCAAAAUGGACCAAGCUCAUGGCACAACGACCGAGCUUCAUGGACAACUUGAAACGGAAUCAUUCGAAGUUGAAGAUAGAAGAUGUAGGUGAAGUGGAGGUUGAGCAUCUUCGUGACUACAAUCUGGCCAUGUUGGAGAAAGCAUUUGAUAUGAGAAUGAGAAUCAUUGCUUAUUGGGAGAUUGUGUUGCAGAGAUUGGUAGAUAACUUGGCUCUUCAUCUAGUGUUCAGUGUGCAGAACCUGGUAAACAGAGAGAUGGAGAAGGAGAUAGUGAAUGAGCUGAUGGGACCUAGUGGUGGUGGCAUUGAAAGGUUGCUGGAGGAAUCACCUUCAGUGGCCAUCAAGCGUGAGCGGUUCAACCAGAGUAUAAAGCUACUUAGGGAAUGCAAGGAAGUUUUGGGGAACAUUAUGGAUAGAAUUGAAGCUGCUACCAUCCACCAUGUUGAUGUGAGCUUCUGAAUUCUGAUAACCAACCCCCUUCAUAUUUCAUCUCCUCCAGGGUGAUCUACUAUUAGUAUUUGUGAUGUGUUAUUUGGUUUGCUAGUAUGGUGUGUUUACUAU